CAGCAGUGAGGUGUCCGUGUGUCCCUCUCUCUGUCAGUCUGCCUGUCUCUCUGUCCGGUGAUGCACGCACACCGGUGCCGGCUGCAGGCGUGCCGACAGCAGGGUUCAGGACGCGGACUGAAGCGUCUUCCAGCGUUUCCCAAACUUUCCCUUCGUCAUGUUUAAAAAUCUUCAAGCUCUGUGUGUGUGAGGAUGCUGACAGACAUGAUUGUGGACGAAGAAUUUGAAAUCAAGGAGGAGGAACCGUGGUACGACAAGCAAGACCUUGAACAUGACCUGCAGCUGGCAGCCGAGCUCGGGAAGACGCUCCUGGAGCGGAACAGAGAGCUGGAGCAAGGGCUGCAGCAGAUGUACUCCACCAACCAGGAGCAACUCCAAGAGAUCGAGUACCUGACCAAGCAGGUGGACCUCCUCAGACAGGUCAACGACCAGCAUGCCAAAGUGUACGAGCAGCUGGACGUGUCGGCCCGGGAGCUGGAGCAGAACAACCACAAACUGGUUCAAGACAGCAGGUUGUCGCAGCAGAAGAUCCAGGGCCUGACGGAGACGGUGGAGCUGCUGCAGACGCAGGUGGAGGAGCUGCAGCAUCAGGUGGAGCAGCUGAAACUGAGUCCUUCACAGCCUCAGAAACGUCUGCGCGGAGACAAGUGGUCACCUCGCGGCACUCAGAGUGUUUCCUGUCUGACAGAGCUGCAGAACACGCUCAGCUAUGACCCCGAUGAAACCUCUGAUGACUGUGACUCCUCGGACGUGUCAUGGCGUGAGGAGGAGCAGGCGUCAUUACGACAAUCCCUCCGCGCCCUGCAGACUCAGUACGCCACUGAGCGCGCUCGGAGGGAGGAGUCGGAGCGAGAGGCAGAGCUGCUCGCUGGAGAAAAUGCAGAUCUGGAGCAGCAGGUGGCAAAGAUGGAAGGGUGUCAGGUCAGAGUUUCUGAGCUGGAGCGAGAGGCCGAGGAGCUUCGUCAGCUCUGGAAGUCAGAAUCCUCCAAAAAAUCCAGCAGGCCUGACGUUCUGCACGGCCUUCUGUCCAACUCGAUGUUCCUCAACCAAGAGGAGGAGAAUGAGGGGGAGUCGGCUGCAUUUAAAAGCCCACGGGUCCUGAAGCGCUGGGACAGCGAGCGGCUCAUGAAAGUGACGCAGAUGCACGACUCAACCGACAGGAUCUACGACCACGAGUGCUCCUGUGUGCGCCGAGCUGGGGUGGUGAAGUAUCGCGGGAUCUCACUGCUCAACGAGGUCGACGCCCAGUACAGUGCCUUGCAGGUGAAGUACGACGAGCUGCUGCAGCGGUGUCACCUGGGGCUGCAGGAGGAGGAAGAGGAGGAGGAGCAGGAUGGGCAGAGCCACAAGUCAGUCCAGACUGCAUCCCUCACUGCUGCCAUCGCUCGUUCUGCUCUCGCCGACAUGGAGCGCUUUGAGGAUGACAUUCACCAGCCGGAGUACAAGGAACUUUUUAGGGAAAUAUUCUCACGUAUUCAGAAAACAAAAGAGGACCUGAUUGAAAACAGAGAGAGACUCUCAGCUGAUGAGGUGCUGCCUAUUUUGCAUUAGUUGCUUACCAAUAAAAAAAGAAAGCAAGACAAAUCAAAGCUGCUGCAACAUUAAUAGUUGUCUUCCGUAUCAAAGCAACUCCUUGGAAAGACUUUUACUGCAGCACAGGAAGCCAACUUACUCAGCUCUUUAGUGUACCUGAGUUACCCAGAGAGUGAUCGAGGGAUAGAGGGUUGAGAGAAAGAGUGAUGCCAGAAUAAGAAGUCAAACACCAGCAGCUCGUGUCUUAGAUGUGACUCAUUUUGCACAGAAACACCCGUGCCUAAUGCUGCUGUCUCCUGUACAAUCACUCUACCUCACUCUGCAGGACUCUGCCGUCACACAAGAUCCCAAUUAAAUCCUUUCUGGGUCCUUUUUAUACACGCUGUACUGGGAACUCUUUAUUUUAUGGAUUCAAAACUUUCAUUAAUUUCCUUGAUAAUAUUUGCCAUGUUUUUCAGGGUUACUAGAAAUGUCAAUUACACCUCUAUUAUCUUAAUUGAUGGAGAUUCAUUUGGUGGUAAUAUUUUGGGGAUAUUUCGGCUCUGACUGCUUCUCAAACCUCAAGAAACUUUUAAGUUUGUGGAAUCUGUUCAAAUUACGUGGUAAAGCAUCAUUUACUUGGAAUUAAGUGUAUUUGAAACAUAAAAUACAACUCUUGGUUGAUAUGGUAACAUCUUUGCAGACAAAUCUAGCAGUUUGAGAGCAACAUGAUUAAUAUUAUGAGUCAUGUUUGUGUUUUACAGGUGACACAUUUCACGGUCUUUAGCUCCAGUUUUGGUCUCCUCCAUAGACUCUAUAAUAAAUGGACGUAGCAUCCGUGACGUCACCCAUCUGUUUUUGAAGCACUGUUUUGAGGCCGAUCGUGGGCGGCAGCCAUAUUGCUGCUGUCGAGCGAUUGUGAUGUAAAGAGGCGGGGCUUUGAGCCUCCUAGCCAACAGCUACAGUGUUCCCGCCUGUCAAUCAAGUCAGCUUUGCCUCUCAUUGGAAGACUCGUAAUCUUAAUAUCUUCGAAAUUACCGUGUUAGAAAAAAAUUCACCGAUCGAGAAAUGAGCUAUCCAGACUACACUUGUGUUUUUUGUACCAGGCUGUAAACAUGUUUAUUUCUGCUGUAAAGAUCGUCUUUUUUUGAAUUGGUGUGUAUGUGGUUUCCAGUACUUCCAGAGCCAGCCUCAAGUGGAUCCUGCAGUUUUAAGCACUUCCGCAUUGGACUCAUAUUUUUAGACCGGAGGUUUCCGCUUGGUCUCCUCCAACUUCAGAGGGCAUUAUCUGGGGCUAUGUUCAAUGGCAAGCCACUUAGUGAGUCCACCAUUUAAAGUGCUGUAUAGGAAGUUUAACGUUUUUAGCCCUUUUCUGUGUAAACCAUUCGCCUCUAUGUCGAUGAUGACACGAUGAGGGCUGUGAGACUAAACCAAAGCAGCGUUGUUUGAGCUGGAUGGCUAAACAAUACAGCCCUAUGAUAUAAUGUCAGAAUACUGAUUGUAGCUGCUUUAGAGUUAUUCUUUUCUCCACCCAGAUUUUUUUUUAUGUGUUUUCUUUGUAAAUAUUCCCAAAUACGAUUACUAUCACAGAGGAACCAAAAAACAAAAAGAAGGAUCCAUAAAAUAAAGUGUUAUUGUUGUAUCUGCUGUUAGUUUUGUUUACGGACCUCUUGUGAUCCAAUGUGAACUUUUUUAAUUUAUUAUUUUUCUUCUCAAUUAUAAAUGUAGGAAAAGUACCUUUUUUUGGUGAUAGUUCGCCUGCGCCUAUAAGAGCAACAUAUGCAAGAAUAUUCCACAUAAUCACGGUGAUGGAUUAUAAGUAGGUGAUUUAAGGUGCUAAAAUAUAAAAGGAUUUUUGUAACUGUGUGUAUUAUUACUCAAUGGCUAUACUUGAUUACUGUAUGAUAGGUUAGAUAACUGUGAGUGAAUGAAAUAUUUAAGGAAGUUCAGAGCAUUCACUCUGUACUUAUUAAUGUAACUUAUCUAUCAGCCUCACGAAGGAAUGUAUGAAUAGAAGCUUUCCUCCUUUGCCUGAUAUUUGUGUUAAGCUUCGAACUGUGCACAUAGUUUGUCUUUAAAAAAACAACAUUGAGAAGCACUUUAGGGUUGCACAUGCAUUAUUUAAUGCUCUCUGACACUUUACAUUUCACAUGUAGUUAUUGAAAUGUGUGAUGAUGAAGAUGUAUAUGAAUAAUCUACAGAAUGUACGAUUGUAUGUGCUUAGCGUUUUUAAAUGUGUCAUGACACAGCCUUUUGGUUUUGUUGUUCUGAGCCAUAAAAUGUGAAGCAAGCAGA